AUGUGCCGAGCCAUCUACGGCGUACGUAAUUGUUGGAGUUACGCCUGUACUCCUGUUUCCCGCCUAAGGGAGGAUUUGGCGGAAGACGUGGUCGUCGCUCUGUCCCGCCUCGUAGGAGGCGUUACGCCAACCACGGUCGUCCUGUGUUGUCCGCCUUCAGCUGCUUGUCCAGGAGAGCUAAGGGCUCCUUUCUCUUCCUCCUUCUCCUCCUCCUCCCCCCACUCGCCCUCCGCCUUCUCCAUCUCUCCAACUUCUUCUUCCUCUUCCUCCUCCCCCUACUCCUACUCCUCCAUCUCUCCAACAACUUCUUUUUCGUCUUCCUCCUCCUCCUCCUCCUCCUCCUCCUCCAUCUCUCCAACUUCUUCUUCCUCCUCCUCCGCUCCAUCUCUCCAACUUUCUCCUCCCUCCUCCCUCUUCCUCCUCCUCCAUCUCUCCAACUUCCUCCUCCCUCCCUCCCUCUUCCUCCUCCUCCUCUAUCUCUCCAACUUCCUUCUCCUCCCUCCAUCUUCCUCCUCCUCCAUCUCUUCAACUUCCUCACCCCUUUCCUCUUCUCCUAUCUCUCAAGCUCCCUUCCUCCCCCUACUCCUCCAUCUCAUCUUCUCAAGCUCCUCCUCCCCCUAUCUCUCAACUUCUCUCUCCCUCCCCCAACUCUUUUCCAUCUCUCCACUCUCUUCCUCUCCUCUCUCCUCCUCCCCCACUCUUCCUCUUCUCCUCUUCUCCGCCAUCUCUCCAACUUCUUCCUCCCCUCCCUCCCCCACUAUCAACUCCAUCUCUCCAACUUCUUCGUCUUCUCCUUCCCAUCAUUCUCCAACCAUUCUCUCUCCCCUCUUUCCUUCUCCUUCCUUCCUUCCAUUCUCUUCAACUUCUUCCUCCCCCUACUCCUCCAUCUCUCCAACUAAUUCUUCGACUUCCCCCUGCUCCUCCUCCCUCUACCCCUACAUCUCUCCAACUUCCUCCUCCUCCUCCCUCUCUCCCUCUUCCUCUUCCUCCUACCCCAUCUCUCCAUCUUCCUACUCCCUCCCUUUCCUCCUCCUCCUCCUCCUCCAAAUCCAAACAGCGGUUUAG